AUGACCUCCAACCCCGUCGCCAGCCUCUCCCGGCUGCGGCUGGACGACACCUCCAGCGAAACAGCCUCCUCGGCCUCGCUCGCUGGCUCGAUAGAAUCCCAGGAUGAAACGGCUUGGACCGAUCACUACCGCCCGCUGUCGACCCUCGAACGCGUCUUUUCCACCCAUACGCCCAUCCUCGAAUCGUUCCUCCUCCAAGCGCCCACCGACUCCAUCUUUCGCCUUUACCACACCUCCCACUACCUCCGAACAUUCCUACGAUCGUAUCCAACAGCAUGGCAGUACCUCUCCUUUCGCCUUCUCCUGCCGUCCACAACCGCCCAGGUGCGUCCCGUCACCGCUGAAGCUGACGGCCAGGUCGUACAGCGACAGUCCCGGCCAUACGCACUAGAUCAGUUGCUCCUCCACGUUGUCAUACCCUUCAGUCCGUCACUGAAGAGCCUGGACCUGGAUAACACCACUGUCUCGGGCCAAAAUCUCAUUUCAACCGUCCUGAAUGCGAGACGGGAGACCAUCGAACAUUUGUCAGUCCGUGGCUGCAAGAAUGUUUCGCUCAAGUACCACAUCAUACCGUACCUCACCAUGUUUGGGCUACAAUACGAUGCAGAUAUGAAAUCAAGAGUUGGCUCAUCUUCAAAAGUUAAACACCUUGCGCUUAAAAGUCUAUAUACCUAUCGCUGCAGACACCAUAGACGACGCCCAUACCUUACUUCAUCUUUACAUCGAAGAGAUUCGGAUUCAGAACCUACCCAUGAACUGGUUAAUCUCUGCCAUAAACUUGGAAUAUGGACGGAUACGGCAUGGUGCACUACCCCGGCUGGCCGGUGCUUCCGGAGAAGGGGUUAUGCUCAAAUGCGUGCGCCACAGGGAACCCCUGAAGUAUGGGUCGUAUUCGACAGGCUAUGGAGAUCUAAAAAUUGGAUAGGUCCGGUCAUCGAUUCCUUUGACUCGCUCAAACGUGAUGGAAAAUUAUGGGAGCACGAUGAAACAGGAUGUUACGGAGAAGCUCUGGGAACAGGUGAGGACCAGUGCUACGGUGAAGGCAAAAGAAUACCCGCACACUUGCGAAGAAGCCAUCGAAAAUUUAUCGAAAACGUAAAAUGCGAUUCGUGCUUGGAAGAAAUACAUGAACGGUGCGAACAGUGUAGUGUCCUGAUGCACUGUAUGGGUUGUCGAAAAACGCUGUGCUAUAGCUGCGCAUAUGACACUCCAUACGCACGCGAACCAAAAGCAGAAGGAAAUGAAGCGAGGCACAGCAUCUGGUGGGCCCCCGGCGCUUCAACCACCCCGUGCUCGAUGCAGGAACCCUCGGAUGCCAAUGCCGAUGGAAACAAUACUAAUCAUCCUCAGAAUGGUAUCCCAGCCCCUAUCAUAUAUCCUGUGCUGAAGUUUCGAUGGUGUUGCACCGAGCCGACAUUUACAGGCGGUGGUGGAAUUAAUGUGGGCCAAGGAGGUCGAGAUGCAGAUCGCAUGCGAGCUGCUCCCCUUCCAAGAGCUCAGGGGUGGGAAGAUCCAGAAUAUUCGUCAAAUGAAUGGAGCAAAACAUUCCCCACGCAUGCUUACGGAGACCCGUCGAAGCCAGACUAUACUCUUGUCGAAGGCCAUGUUGAAAUGAUGCGGUGGCUCCUUGGACCCCCCAAUCACCAGACCUCUCAGUGUCCCCGGAACCUGUGCCAGGAAUGCUAUGAUUCUCCACAGUGGAAGGUCCACUGCAAAACUUGCUCAAAGCCUUUGUGUAUGGAACACGACCUACGUGGGCUUCGUCUUCGUAUCUGUGGCUAUCGAGAUUUAUUUAUGGAGAAAAUUGCUAUCGACUAUACUCCUGCGAGUUCUCAAUCCGUGGUCAAGCCCCAGGCUCAUCGUUCUUCAUCUGCUCCCGAAGUCAAUGUUCCUUCGUCACUCCUAACUACCACUCCUGUGAACAAUGGACCGACUUCCAGCCACCCUCUUUCUAUUCCCCAAACAAACCGCCCUUCUGAUGACAGCCUAGUGAUACAAAAUUCGUCGACUAGCUCGAAUAAUCACACUCGCGCCUCAUCACCUUCAUCCGCGUUUUUCGAAUCGCCUAUGAGAAUUGAAAAGUGGCAAGGAUGCCAGUCCUUCUUCUGCCCUGAAUACCGCGCAGCUGGAGAUAAGCGCCAACGAUGCACAAGCAUUCUGAACGAAUGCACAUCCUGCUCAGUGCAUGUCUGUCAGGACUGCGUCCGUGCCAACCCACCCUGCACGUGCACCUUUUGUGCCAACAAAUAUCUAUGUCCCAAUUGCUACCUCGUCGUCAUCCGGAACGGAAACUGUCGCCGGCUCGAAGAAGAACGCGCCAAGUACCUUCAAAAACAGCGCGCUGGUUUAGAAAUGCUGGACGUGGCUCUAGAGCGGCACAUUGCCAAUGAAGUUGCUGGCUUUGCCGGCCAAUUUUUUGGCACCUUGUCGAUCAGCAGCAGCAGCCAGCCCGGAUUCGACCACAUUGAGCACACUAAUGAGUUUGAUAUUCAUGCAGCCCCGUUCCUGGACCAAUUGGAUGGGCUCCAUCAUGACGAUGCUCUUCACCAAGAGGAGUAUACGCUUAAUUCUGCCCUACCAGUCUUCUCAUAUGACGACGAGGAGAUUGAGCAAGCGGGAAGUGGCUCAGAAAGGACAGAUGUUGUUACUGGGGACGGUGCCUGA